UCCUUUUGACGGUCGCCGUCGACGAUGAUGGUAAUGGUAAAUGGCCCAUGGAGAGGCUCUCUAUUCCGCGCCUCCACUGGAAACGGGAGCACGCCACGUGAAAGUAGGAAGGGGAGGCUAUAGCCGGACCGACGUCGCUUCGUGCGCCUCAGUCGUUCGUGGACCUCGAAGGACGAUAGAGGUCGAAGAGGGCACUUCCUCCUCUCCUGGCCUCGUGGCAAUCCUUCGGCACGCUCUUCCUCGAGCUUCCUCGAGCUUCCACUCGGUCUCCUUGUACCUCUUCUUUCAUCACCGCUCAACUGCCGCAAGACCUCAGUGACGAGGGUUCCGGCGAUAGGAUAAUCGUUCGCCAGAGCGAUUCCAGGAGGAAUUCGUCGGCCGUGCGAAGAUAUCGUUUUGUGAAGUCACACCGGCAACAUCGGUGACAAUAUCGGAAGAAUGCGUCGGCAGCUUUCGCUCGUCCUCGGGAUCGUCCUCCUGGGCUGUCUUCAAGAUUACGUGUCCGGUGCAUGUCCCAGGAUAUGUCCGCCGAGUGGGGAGCCCGUUUGCGGCAGCGACGGUGUCAUAUACGCGUCGCAGUGUGAAAUGCGGAAGAAGAUGUGCGGAAAGGGCGUUACCGUGGCCACGGAGAAGACGGCUUGCCUGAGGUCAUCCGGUAGCAAGUGCGAGCAUCGCUGUCCGGGCGAUCAGGAUCCGGUAUGCGGCACCGAUGGGCGUACCUAUCUGAACAAGUGCAUGCUCAGGGUGGAGAUCUGCCGGGUCGGCAUCGAGCUGUCUCAUCUCGGGCCCUGCAACAAUAUUUCGGCCCACAGGGAGAACUGUCCGGUCUCGUGCGAUUACGCGCCGCUCGACGGACCGGUUUGCGGAAGCGACGGAAACGUCUACAAGUCCACGUGUCAGAUGAAGCUGCUCACUUGCGGCCAAGGCGUCGUGCGUACGAAUAAGAAGCACUGCCAGACCACAAGACAUUGUCGUGAAUCGUGCUGGCGUGGUGCUAAGCCUGCCUGCGGUAGCGACGGCAUUUUGUACUCGAACACCUGCAAAAUGCGGGCGAAGAAUUGCGGCAAGCACGUCUUCGAAGUGCCGAUGUCGUUCUGCGUAUCUCGGGAACGGACAUCCGGAAGCAACGCGUGUCCUUUAGACUGCAAAAACGAGCCGGAAGUAUCGAUUUGCGGAUCGGACGGAAACAUAUACAGAAACGAGUGCGAGAUGCAAAUGCUAAACUGCGGGCAUGCCAGAAGAAAGGUAACGGUAGUAGACUUUGAGAAGUGCAGAUCCCGGCUAACAAAAUGCAUGAAGCAGCAGCAGAGGUGCGGAAGCGAAGUGGAUCCGGUUUGCGGUAGCGACGCGAAUACCUAUCCAAAUCAGUGCCAUUUGAACGUAGCGGUUUGCCUAAAGGGCAUCCAAACGGCUCAUGUUGGCGAGUGCACGACCUUGAAAGAGAUCGAACACUGCCCCGAAGACUGCGCCGAAGUACCCGAGGAACCAGUUUGUGGAAGCGACGGCAACGUUUAUCGGUCCCUCUGCCAUCUGCAACGAGAGACCUGCGGCCAGAGGGUGGUUCAAGUUCCGGCACAGCAUUGUCGUACCACCGCGCUAUGCAACCAGAUUUGCAGUGGGGAACGUCAGUUUGUUUGCGGUUCCGAUAACAAGCUUUAUCGCAACGAGUGCGAGAUGAAGAGGGACAAUUGCGGGAAACACGUGUACGUGGUGCCUAUGAAGAGGUGUGUCCAGGGCUUCCUGUUUCGCGGCUGCCAGAAGAUCUGUCCACCUUAUUACGACCCGGUUUGCGGCACCGACGGCAUGACGUACAGCAACGAAUGCUUCCUGGAGAUCGAGAACUGCCGCAGCAGAAGUCUCGUCACGAAAAAGUAUCACGGAGUGUGUGGGCAGCCGACGGAGGAGCCGAAAAAUUAUCUCUAUUAAGCUCGACUGAGCUGGCACAGUGAUACGAGAGAGAGAGAGAGAGAGAGAGAGAGAGAGAGAGAAAGAGAGAGAGAAUAAAAAAAAUCGAUCGACAAGAUUAAUUUGGCUUACAUCUCCCAAGUUUUGAGAAGCGACAAUUACCAUACAUUGAUUCGUCAUGUAUCACGUCAUGUAUCGAGUCGUGUAGUAUUUAAGUUUCGCUCGGCUCGCAUUAACCACCUGCAAAUUCGAUGAAUUUCAAUCGAUCGAGUACUCGGGCUGUACGAGCGUAACGUUCGCGACUCUAGACUGAUAAGCGCGUGAUGAAGAACCGUUCACGUGAAUUUCGGAUACUCGAUCGUCCCCUUCCCCCUCACCCCCUGCCCCUGACGAUCCAAAACGCGCGCCGAAUUUUCACGGGGAAAAAACGCGCUCGAGGGAAACGAGCAUCUUGCCAGUUGCAGUCCGGAUUGUUAUCGUAUUGUUACUGCUAUUUCUACGAUAAUAGUACCGCGAUUGCCGAUCCCUUCUCGGACAGCCGCGCAUCAGCAAACUCUCAUCCGCAAACAGCGAAAUUAUGGUUCGCAAGCAAACCGUUAUUGUACAUGGCAGGACGAAUAUCGUCCAAAUUAUUUUAAGAAACUGUCUUUUUUUUCUUCUCUUUUUUUUUUUAAUCGGGAAAGGGUCGCCAGUCGCGCAUCGAUGUAGUCCUUUCUUCGCACUUGACGAUAUAGACUCAUUAUUAUUUAUUAUAGCAUUAAUCAUUGCAUACGAUGCGAUUCCAUCUCUUUUUUUUUUAUAGACACGCUCGUCGUUUCGAUUAUGACUAUUAAUGUGUCGACGUGGCGUUGUCAGAGCGUAUUCACGUUGGGUUGGAAGGAAUGUAAUAUCUUUUAUCUUAAAAAUAACUACUUUUUAUCUUAAAAAUAAAGCUUUCUUCAUAUUUUAAAACGGCUUUAAACAGUGAUGUAAUGAUCGCUGUUUUCUGUACAAUCUUUGCCAUCUUUCGGGCAACUGCAUAAUACUUCGCGCGUAGAACUCGGGCAUUUUCUCAGUGAAUAAAAAUGGUUAAAAAUUAUUUUUGCAGCUCUCUAGAAUGUUGCAAUAUUGCAAUAUUUUUUUUCCGGUAGUUUAAAGAAACAUGAGACUUAGUGCUGUCCUGAUGGAAUAAAACACUUUUUCUAAUCACCAGUUCUACAUUCGAUUUCUACACACUCAAUAAUGCUUAGAGAUUACAGCUGUCACAAUUACGUCGUCUGAAUUAAAGUUUUCUUCUAAUAAAACACAUUAAAGUCAUCUAGAAAAAAUAUGACAUUACUUUCCUUCCAACCCAAUAUUUAAGGGAAUAUUGUGCUAUUACAUCUCCCUCCCGACAUGUGAUGUGUAUUCGUAUAUUAUUAUAAUUAUUAUCAUUGCAGUUUUAAUUUAUUAUCGAGUAUGCGAGAAUUCCUUUUUUGUAUCGACACUAACACUGUAUACGCUUCCAAUGUCAAUAAUAAAUCAUAUAUGUAUAUUUUAAGAUAUAAAAGCUGCGUAAAUUAUACGCGUAAUAAUUAAUCGUAUCGAAAAUGACGUGUUAUUUAUUUAUAUUUACUUCUAUUAAGAUUGAGAAAUCUAACUUUGGAGCGCAAUUAUGACACUUUAAUGAUAUACAUGUGUAUCAAGGAUUAAUACAUACAAUGAUAUAA